GCGUAAAGUAAAACGGAAGUUCCUCUCCAAGGGAGAAAAAGAAGGCUGAUCUCUCUCAGGUCUCAAGCUCCAAUCCAAGCUCUCCUCGGCAAUACUUGCGUGAACAGCCCUACACUUUUCUUGUUCUAUAUGCAGUUGUAAAAAGCCUUUAAAAAGUGUCCCCAUCAGAUCAACACAGAUUAUAAACCAAAGUCAUGAGUAGCUCAGAGGAAGUGUCGUGGAUAUCAUGGUUCUGUGGUCUCCGUGGCAACGAGUUUUUCUGCGAGGUGGAUGAGGAUUACAUUCAAGACAAAUUUAACCUGACAGGCCUCAACGAACAAGUCCCUCACUACAGACAAGCUUUGGAUAUGAUUCUCGACCUCGAACCAGAUGAUGAACUUGAGGAGAACCCGAAUCAAAGUGAUUUGAUAGAGCAAGCUGCGGAGAUGCUCUAUGGCCUUAUCCACGCCCGCUAUAUCAUGACCAACAGAGGCAUAGCCCAGAUGAUUGAGAAAUGGCAGCAAGGUGACUUUGGAUACUGUCCACGAGUGUACUGUGAGAACCAGCCUAUGUUACCCAUCGGUUUGUCAGAUGUCCCCGGAGAGGCUAUGGUCAAGCUGUACUGCCCCAAGUGUCAGGACGCGUACACUCCCAAGUCGUCGCGACACCACCACACCGACGGAGCCUACUUCGGCACUGGUUUCCCCCACAUGCUCUUCAUGGUGCACCCAGAGUACAGACCCAAGAGACCAGCCAAUCAGUUCGUGCCCAGGUUGUAUGGGUUCAAGAUCCACCCUCUGGCCUAUCAGCUACAGUACCAGGCGGCCUCUAACUUCAAAAUGCCCAUCAGAGGGACGGGUCAUCCCAACAGCAAGCGAUGAGAACUCCUAUGCAAGUCGGCUGGUCAAAAAUUUUGGGCUGUGUGUCCAGAUUUUUAUUUUGUUUUAUUUAACUGAAGAAAUUAUAUUUUAUGUAUUUGAUAUUUACGUGUGUUUUGAACUUUCACAACCUGUCAACGACUGACUUCUCGUGCUUAGGAUUUUUGGUUUGGUUUUCCUCAUUUGAACCCCUGGUACCCUUCUUCCAAGUCCAAAAGCAAUGAAAGAAUUGAAGAUGCUGAUUUUAGGGUGUGUGUGUACAAAAGAUCUGUGAGUGAAUAUGUGUACAGUCAUGAGUGAGGCAGUCUGCGUGUUAGUCCAUCAGUGUCUCCCUCCCUCCCUCCCAUGUCCCAUUGUCUGAUCAGACUACCGAGCCCCCAGCCCCCUCCCUUCAUCACUGAUUUCCACAUUUUUUUCUCACAUCUGUUUCUAUACAUCUGACUUUUGACAGCUCUCUGAACUGUUGUUCAGCUUUCUCUGUUUCACCAUUGCAUGCUUUAGUUUCACCAACUUUGUCCUCAUUUUCUCUCUCUCUUUAUUUUUAUGAAAGCCUUCACAAGGCCCACCCCGCGCCCCACCCCACCCUCCGCAGCCUCCACUUUGUCAUGCUGAAGAACUUACCAUGUGGCUCAAACUAUUUAUAAUAUCAUCGUGUAAGUCGUUGAAGAUGUCAAAUUCCAGUAAUCGUGUGAUGACCCUCAGGAUUUGUACGCACCUUUUUGUGGGGCUCAUCCCCCCCGUCCCCGUGUAAGUGACCUCGGGAUCAUGGAUAUACGUGUGUGUGGGGGCUAUUCCAGUCGUUGCUCUGAGUUGAGACACUGUUCCUGCAGAGUUGCAGCUUCUCCUGACAGUUAGGCAGGGCUCUUGGGACGGCCUGCUCCUUCCACUUCUGUUUCUAACCUGACCCCCUCGUGAAAUGUGCCAAGGUGGCUAUUGGAAUUUUUGGUGUGCACAUUGAGAUUCGGAGGUACGGCUGUAUUCUCAUAUCUUUUCUCAAUGAAAUGAUUGGUUUUCUCCCAUUAUGUACUGGAUAUUGGUUUGCAAUGAUCUGAUUACUGUGUUAUUUUCCUGGUGGCAACUUGUCUUAACUUCUCCUUUGCCGCUGCUUUCUUUGCCCCCUCCUAAUUUUUUGUCUUUUCUUGUGCUCUGCAUGUAACUGAAUUAUGCCAACAGCAUUUGGCCACUGUACACUGACGCGCUUUUUUUUUUUUGGUCCUCUCAUCCGUUUGAUUUGAGUCAAUGGUUGUCUGUGAUGCCCUCGUUAGAUGUAGCAUAGCUAGGCCUACUUACAAGAUGCGUUCCUGUAGUUUCUAGUCGUCUCUUCUGCACUUUUGAUACUGCUAUAAUCCUUGGUGUUGCUGAUUCCUAUAUAUUUUUUUAUAAUUUUUGCAGUGUGUGUGUCUUGCAUUAUCCAAGUUCUUUUAAAAGAAGAGUUUGUGUGUGUAUAGAUUGUCAUUUCUCAUUAAAUUUAUAUUUUUUAAAAUUAGGGCUCUAGCAUCUGAAAAUUGCUGAGAUACAAAUGCAUUUGAUAUGAAUGCUCUGUCCUGUAGGAAUCGCUCUGUCAGUCUGCUUUUUAAAAUCUUUUUCUUCUUCCUUCUUCUCAGAGCUUUGAUUCUUUACACACAUGAUUCCAAUAAUGUCAUAGUCGCAUAUGUCAAAGCAUCACCAUUUUGUAUGAAAGAAACUUCAUGAUUCAUUGGUGUUAAUUAUGGCCGUCAAGGUACACUGCUGCAGUGGUGAAUAUGAUUUCCUUACUAGAAAUAUUAUGCACUCGUAGCUGUUUCUUCACUGCUUUGAUAAAAGGCUUUAGGUUUAUGAGUGUGUAUUCAUAUCAGGUAUCAUCACCAUUACACUCUGCCUGUACUUUAAGUGUCAGUUUAAGUAUGGCCUCCUUCUUAGGUUUCAAAAACAUGUAAAGUUGACUCUCUUGUACUGAGAAACAGCUGUAGGUAGUGAGUAGUACCCUGUCACGAGUCUGACAGGAGGAAGUGCUAGGCUGUCUGUGAUUUACCAGCAAGCAAAAGAAGUAUGUGAGUAGACCAGCUUGUUUAUUGUGCGGCGUGAGUACAAUACCGUUUUAUUGCAUUUGCUUUCCGCACUAUGUAAGAGGAAAGUUUUGUUUGUUUUUUUGUGGGUUUUUUUUGUGUGUGAAGAGCUUUAAAACUUCAAGCAAGGGAAACGAAGAUUUGCUACAUGAUGUUAGGAAAAGAAAUGAGUACAUGUAUGUGUGGGUCUGUAUGCUGUGUAUGUGUUAUUGUGGGCCAAGAGAAUUUGACUUCAAUAUUUGAUAGUACUAGAGUUCAAUGGGUUAUUUUGAUGGUCGUGGAAGAAUUGACUAAUUGUUUUUUGUGUGAGUCCUCCUAAGUCUUUUGUUUUCAGUUAUUACAAUGAGCAGGGGAAAAGUCAAACCUCUUACCUCUUGAAGGGGGGUUUUGGUUGGCUAUUGCUAGUGAAACUGGAGAAUUGUGUGCUGCAGUUUUGGUGUGAAGUGAAGACAGGACUAGGGCAAUACAUCCAAACUUGUCUUGAUUGAGAGAAAUUUUGCUUUGAUUAAAAAAGAAUAUCACUACUUUCUAAAAUUUUGGAAUUGUUGACUAAUUUUUCCUGCAACUUUAGCAAUGGGCUUUUCUAUAAAAUAUAUUUACCAGCAAUGUUGAAUUUUAUCAUGACAUACUGGCAGAUUUAACAGACUGGGCAAGAGCUUAGCUUGGAUUAAAGAGUUGCAUUUAAAAUAUGUAAGUAAUUUUUAAAAAAAUUGUUUGAGUUGACUGACCGUCCCGAUGUGAAAAAAAGCAACUCUUUUUAGAUUUAGCUGGUGGAGCUGUUAUGAUAAAACAGCAGCUUGCUGGGGAUAGGAUGCUCUUGUUCCGUGAGAGGACGGUGCUCAUCUGUCGUGCUAGCCGUGUAUGGGAAAACACCUUGUGUGGACAGUUAUGUAGCUCUUUCUGUUGCAUGUGUUAUCGUUUGAAGUCAGAAUUAUCGAACACGUGUUGUUAGUUUACUGGUGUGGGUUAUUAUAAAUAGAGUUUCUUGCAUUGAUAAUUGUAGAGUUGCAUACUGGAAAAUCAUAUUUGAAAUAAUAUUUUGCCUGAUAAUCUGACUUUUAUUUAAGGGACAGUAAGAGUUUUGUUUUGUUUUGGGUUUUUUUGGUUCUGUUAGUAAUACUUCUACACAAAUUUUGUUUUGUAUUUAGUACAGAGAAUGUUAGAGAGUCCUGGAGGUGAAGAAGAGAUGUACAGUAUUAUUAUUCAUCAUCAUGUUCUGUUGAAUUGGUUGCCACGACACAUUUUGUAGCUCAUCAAAUAAUAAAGGUGUAUUAUGUCCUGUUUGUUGA